UGGAUGCACAUGAAGAGGGGCUGAUUGACCUUGUGCUUACUAUUGCAAGUUAUUACAAUUGAAAACCGGUGUACCGGAACGCGAGGUUUUGUUUCGUAAAUAAAUUAAUUUCAUAGAUAUUUGGUCUGUGGUUAGAGUAUUUUGAUUGUUUUGGGAUGGUUGCUUUGGAACGAAUUGUUGGGAACUUUAACUGUUGUGGCAGUAGUAUAUGAACGGGCAGUUGCUGCUCAUUUUACUCCAUGUUAUUUAUUGUUUUUUGCAAGAAGGCGUAAAAGCGCUGAAACGGUGAUCGAUUUGCACAGUGGCCUAUGACCGAGACAAGAGGGAGCUCUUGGAAAGGGGGAAACGAGGAGAGGAGCGUUUAAGCGGGAUAUCAGCAACAAUACUGCGAACAGCUCGCACAGUUACGUUGCAAUUUUAGAGGCUUUUAUUUUGGCAGGGUCCAAAACUGGCAGCGUCUCUCAUUUUGCAUCAAUUCUCCCCCCCCCGUAAGCGUGAAAUGAGCGUUCUUCCUGUUGUCAGCAUUCCCACCCAGUUCCCUGGUUAGUCAGCUCAGCUUGUGCCUCACGGACCUUUUCGCAUCCCUGCAUUAAUAUUACACUGCAGUCCUCUUCACGGGUCAGACAUGGGGGCCGUUUUAUUUGACUACUUGCGCACACCUUUAAAGGGAAUAGAAAUAACAUCACCUCAGUAAAUGUCCUGCCCUGCUGCUGUUUGGAGAGCUAUUACUCGAUGUCUCCUCAGCCGUCCUUCUGGAGCACGAUUCCUAAUAAGGAAACUUUCUGGAAAUAACAGUCGAGCUAAGAAAAAGAGUUGGAAAGGGGUAAAAGAAAACGACCGUGUUCACCCGGACUCUUUAUCCGCAAGUUUUGCUAACUCGAGAGCGUCAGCCAAGUUGCUGCUUUCCUGCUGCCUUAAGACAAUUGCCGGGAGGGGAGCCCGCUUGCACAUGGUGGAUGGAUGAGGAAAGGUGGGCUGGGGGAAUGCUCCGGGGCUGAAGGCAUCGAGCGAGCUGCAGGAGGAAAGGGAAAACGCCGAGGGGUUUGAUUGGCAUCAGCUGUGUGUGUGUGUGCGCGCCGCGAGCUGUCUUCCUCCUUCACGAGAGCCUGCGUACAAGCGCCCAUCGUCUCCUCCAAACUCCUAUCAGAGCUUAUACACCCGAACCGAACGGCGCAGUUUGAUGGGCUGACUUUACUUGGAACAGCAUGUCUGGUCGGAGUGUUCGAUUGAAGCCGGUCCCUAUUCAAAGUCUGUCGGAGUUGGAGAGAGUACGGCUUCAGGAAGUGGCUUUUUAUCGGCUACAGCAGGAUUAUGACUUGGGCUGCCAGGUUACAAUUCCAAAAGAUGGACAAAAGCGGAAGAAAUCAUUGCGACGGAAGUUAGAUUCAUUGGGCAAGGAAAAGAACAAGGACAGAGAAUUCGCACCGCAUGCUUUUGCUAUGCCAUUGUCUCAAGUGAUUGUCAAUGAUCGAGCCCAUAAGCAAAAGCAGGAUGCUCUGAAAGAGGAGCAGAAAGACAGUUCAGACCUGGUGGCAUCAAUCUUGCCAUUUGGAACCAGAAGACAGAAUAAAGAACUCUCAAGCAGCAAUUCAUCUCUCAGCUCAACCUCAGAAACUUUAAAUGAGCCAACAUCACCAAACACGCCUGAAGCUGUCCCACGUGUGAGAAGACGGGGUGGAAUGUCUGUGGAUUCUAUCACUGACCUGGAUGAUGAUCAGUCUAGAUUAUUAGAAGCUUUGCAACUCUCGCUCCCAACAGAAGUGCCAAGCAAGAAAGAAAAGCAAAGAGACAAAAAGUUAAGCCUCAAUCCUAUUUAUCGCCAGGUGCCUAGAUUAGUGGAUAGCUGCUGCCAACAUCUAGAAAAGUAUGGCCUUCAGACGGUAGGAAUAUUCAGAGUUGGAAGCUCAAAGAAAAGAGUAAGGCAGUUACGAGAGGAAUUUGAUCGUGGUGCAGAUGUUGUUCUUGAUGAAGAGCACAGUGUUCAUGAUGUUGGUGCCUUGCUGAAGGAAUUUUUGAGGGAUAUACCAGAUCCUCUGCUCACUAGAGAGCUCUACACUCCAUUCAUCAGUACACUUUUACUCGAACAGGAAGAACAGCUCAAUGCGUUGCAGCUUCUCAUUUAUCUCCUGCCCCCAUGUAAUUGUGACACGCUUCACAGACUCAUGGAGUUUCUUGCCAUGGUAACAAAUCAUGCUGAAGACACCCUGGAUAAAGAUGGACAGGAGGUGACUGGAAACAAAAUGACUUCACUUAACCUUGCCACAAUCUUUGGCCCCAACCUCCUCCACAAACAGAAGACUUCAGACAAGGAAUUCAGUGUUCAAAGUUCAGCUCGAGCUGAGGAGAGUGCUGCCAUCAUCACCGUUGUUCAAAAGAUUAUUGAAAACUAUGAGAUGCUAUUCAUGGUACCACCGGAGUUACAGAAUGAGGUACUGAUGAGCUUGCUAGAGACCGAUCCAGAUGUCGUUGACUACUUGCUGCGGAGGAAAGCUUCACAGUCGUUAAGUCCUGAUCUGACAAGAGCAGAAGUCUCCUAUUCCUUGGGAGGAAGACAUUCAUCUACUGACUCUAACAAGAUCUCAAGUGGAGAAGUGUCACCCUAUGAUAAUAACUCUCCAGUCCUCUCAGACAGGCUGUUAACGCAGGGACCAGAAGAUGUUAGCACAGGUCCUGAGAAACUCUAUAAAGUCCCUGAACAGUAUGCUUUAGUUGGACACUUAAAAUCCAAAUCUGGGGAUAGCUCUCCAGUUUCAUGGCCUGAUAAAGAUAAAAAUGCAUCUUCAGAAGAAAACGCUAACAUUUGGGGAACUUGGCAUCCCACGUUGAAGUGUGGGUCUAGAGAGGAAGGGAUGACAGGUUCGUAUGGGGAUAUUUAUCAAAGCAAUGUGUUACAGCAAAGACAGUGUUCUCUGUCACAGGGAAACCUCACAGCAGACUGGCCUGUCGUUCAGGCCUCUUCCAUGUCUUCUCUGGACAACGCAAAGCCGCCUGUGCGAAGAACUCAUACUGCAGAAGGUGCUCCUGAGUACAGAACCCAUGCUCCUGUGAGCCGUGUUUGCAGUAGCCCUCAAGUGGCAGGAGGUAAGAAACAUGUGCAGUUGAGCCUGGAAUCCUUGUGCCUCAGACAUGACCAGCGGUCCACGGGAAGCGCAGAAGAAAUUCCUCAGAAAACCUCAGAAACCUCUUUCUUGCACAAGAAACCAUGGCAAUUCCAUUUUAGGCAUGGGGACAUCAACAGAAAUGAGACUCGGCCCCCUCCUCCGUACCCCGGUCCAUCGAGACAAAGUGCUGUGACUUCUAGUAAAGCUGGUACGCACCAAGAGCAAACUCUGUCAAGACUUCAAAAGACUCAGCAAAGUUCUGUGGAACAACAGGCAGCAUCAUCCAAACAGUCAGCUUCCGAAACGGAGCAGCAGGAUUCUGUUUCCUGUAAUGAAGAGAAUCGAACCUGGUCCAGGCAAACAGACAAACAGAACAAUAAGAACAAUUUAACAGAGGCUGACUGGGUGGAAUGGCAGAGAGAACGAUGGCAAAUCUGGGAGCUGCUGUCUGCAGACAAUGCAGAUUCACUACCAGAAACUCUAGUAUGAUAUUUCGAACUGCUCACAGCAGCCUUUAUUUAGAUGUCAUUUUAAUUUUUUUAAAGAAACAAAUCAAAAUCAUCCUAUCAUUUCCACAAAACAUAUUUUUAUAUUUGUGCGAUAUUUUAACUUACUUUUACUUUUCAGGGUGUAAAACAACACAGUCUUUAACAUUCUUGUACAAAGUCAGUGUGUCUGUCAUCACCUAAAGCGUAGCAUAGGACAAUACAUUUGAAUGUUGCUAUAUGCAUAAAAUAUACAUGAAAAAAAUAUAUAUAUGUAUCCCGUGUUGUAAUUUCCAUUUGAUUUUGUAUUUAUACAUAUGUUUGGUUCAUUUUAUGUUUUGGAAGAGAUUAUGUUCAGAAUUGCAUUCAAAAAAAAACUAUUUUGGACUGCUCAUACAUUGCACUUAUCUUGUUGCUCUAAUGACUAAUUGUAGCCUCAGCAGCUUUGUGUGUACCAACUGAUGUUUCUGCUAUUGUCUUAUAAGGAAUCUGAAUGUGUAGAUUACAAGACCUUCUUGCCACUGACUAAAUGAAAUAACCACUGCAGUAUCAAGGUUUUAACUACUGUCAAUGUUCUUUGUGGGCUAUCACUAUAUCUUCUUCAGCUACGUGUACCACUCGAGUACCAACCCACACUCCCUUGAAUAAGUAACCUACUUAACUCUACUGCCAGUUACCAUUUCCAGUGUCAUUAUUCACAGGGUUUUUAAAAAUAACUCCCCUCCUUACCCUUUCUUAGAAUGUGAAAAAUAGGAUUGAGAUGAAAAGAGUGUAUAGCAUCGCAAUUGCCAAAUGGCAGUGACAGUCCAGCUGUUAAGUCCUUGCUUGGUUGACCUCCGGCCACGUAGAAGUCAAAUAUUCUUGACUCGCAGGACUGCUGUGCAUGCAGUUUAAAAAAUGGGGAAAUGACAGGUUACAUGUUUUGAAUGUAUUCAAAUGAAGGAUAUGCAUAAAGUGUACCUUUUAAAACAAGACUGUAAAAUACAUUUUAAACAAUUGUGCCAAAGUUAUAAGUGACAGGUUCAUACAAUUCCAUUUAUUUUAUUUUCAGAGGAAAAGAACAUUUUAUAAAAUGAUGUUUUAAUUCGCUUAAACUCUGGGUUAGCAGUUGACCACAAUCGUGUUCAUGUUUGAAAUGUUCUGCCAAUUAAGGCAAGUAUAUUACAUAGAGACAGAUGUGAUCUAGCACAGUACAUUGUCUUAAGCUGGUAAAUAACAUAAUCUUAAAUCUUACAUGUGCCAUAAAGAUCCAAUUAAAGAGAAUGUGAUA